GAUUGGGUUCUCCUUCUUCUUGGAACCCUUUAUUCGAGAGAGCAGCGGUUGGGCUGUGUUGGAUCGGCUUAGAGGAGGAGAGAGAUGGGAGUGAUACCGGAAGUGACGUUGAGCUCCGGCCACGCCAUGCCACUCGUGGGCCUUGGCACGGCCUCGUUCCCGCCGGCGACUCCCGAAGCCUUCCGCACGGCGAUGAUGGACGCCAUCGCCCUCGGCUACCGCCACUUCGACACCGCGUCGCUGUACGGGACGGAGGAACGCCUGGGCGAAGCGGUGGCCGACGCCAUCGGGCAGGGCCUGGUCAAGCGAGAGGAGCUCUUCAUCACGUCCAAGCUGUGGUGCACCGAUGCCCACGCCGACCGCGUCGUCGCCGCCCUUCGACAGUCCCUUGGCGCUCUUCAACUAGAAUAUCUGGAUCUGUAUCUGGUGCAUUGGCCCAUAAGUAUGAAGCCAAGUGAUACAAAGUUCCCGAUCAACAAAGAUGACUUCCUUCCCAUUGAUCUGAAGGCGGUUUGGGAAGCCAUGGAGGAGUGUCAGAGGGCAGGCCUCACGAAGUCGAUUGGAGUGAGCAAUUUCAGCUGUAAGAAGCUGGAACGACUUCUCUCUACUGCUUCGAUCCCUCCGGCCGUCAAUCAGGUGGAAAUGAAUCCCAUUUGGCAACAGAACAAACUGUUGGACUAUGCGAAGAACAAAGGUAUCAAGCUUUGCGCAUACUCUCCGUUGGGUUCGACUGGGACUCCAUGGGGGACCAACGAAGUCAUGGAAUGUGAUGUUCUCAAACAGAUUGCACUGACCAAAGGGAAGUCCGUACCUCAGGUCUCGCUGAAGUGGCUACAUCAACAAGGGGUGGGCGUGAUUAUUAAAAGCUUCCGAAAGGAGAGGUUGAAGGAAAACAUCGACAUAUUUGACUGGGAAUUAACAGCCGAAGAGUUGCAGAAGAUUAGCCAAAUUCCACAAUCCAGAGGCCCUGCAGGAGACGGUUUUGUCUCUGCCAAUGGCCCUUACAAGUCACUGGAAGAGUUAUGGGAUGGCGAGAUAUAAUGUGUUGUACGAUUCAGAAAGCAAACCUGUGCUUGCUGUGAUGUUUAUGAUCAUGCUAUUUUGGUACUCGCAGAAACCAAUAAAGAACUGUGCAAGUCGUGAUAUUGCCGAGAA